AUGGAGACAAAAGUCCUUUCCUCUGGCAUCCAGUAUGCAAACUUGCCGGCAAGUUAUGUUAGGCCGGAAUCCGAACGUCCACGGCUGUCGGAAAUUUCAACGUGCGAAAAUGUUCCGGUUAUAGAUUUAGGUUGUCAGGAUAGGAACCAAAUUGUCCAACAAGUUGGUGAUGCCUGCCAGAACUAUGGCUUUUUCCAGGUGAUCAAUCAUGGAGUGUCUUCGGAAGCAGUGGAGAAAAUGUUAGGAGUGGCCCAUGAGUUCUUCAGCUUGCCUGUUGAGGAGAAGCUGAAGCUUUAUUCAGAUGACCCAUCAAAGACAAUGAGACUUUCUACAAGUUUUAAUGUGAAUAAGGAGAAGGUCCACAACUGGAGGGACUAUCUCAGACUCCAUUGCUAUCCUCUUGACAAGUAUGAGCCUGAGUGGCCCUCUAACCCUCCUCCGUUCAAGUGA